AUGGUGUUGCGUGAGUGCAUCUCAGUUCACAUUGGCCAAGCUGGAGUUCAAAUCGGCAAUGCAUGUUGGGAACUCUUUUGUCUAGAGCAUGGCAUUCAGCCAAAUGGCACCUUCAUCGACCAACCCAACAACGAUGACUCUUUUGACACCUUCUUCAAAGAGACAAGCUCUAGAAAAUACGUGCCUCGGGCAAUUAUGGUGGAUUUGGAGCAAACUGUAAUAGAUGAAGUGCGAACUGGAACUUACCGGCAGCUUUUCCACCCAGAACAGCUGAUCACUGGAAAGGAAGAUGCAGCAAAUAAUUACGCACGCGGCCACUAUUCUGUUGGCAAAGACAAAAUUGACAUGACAUUAGAUCAUAUCCGCAAGCAGGCUGAUGCCUGUUCUGGGCUGCGAGGAUUCCUCAUCUUCCACAGCUUUGGUGGGGGUACUGGCUCUGGCUUUACCUCCUUACUGAUGGAACGCCUCUCCAUUGAAUAUGGAAAGAAAUCCAAACUGGAGUUUGCCAUCUACCCAGCCCCUCAAGUCUCCAGUGCUGUGGUCGAGCCCUACAAUUCCAUCCUGACCACACACACCACCCUUGAGCAUUCAGACUGUGCCUUCAUGGUGGAUAAUGAGGCCAUCUACGACAUCAGUCAAAGAAACCUGGACAUCGAGCGCCCCACUUACACU